UACAAUCUAAUAAUGAGGAAUUAGAUAAUAUAAUCAAAGCAGAGGAUUUGCUAUCAGUUUCUACUACUGGCUUACUUAAUAGAGUUCGGGCUGCUAUUUAUUUAUCAAUAAAUAAAUUAUGGGCAGCACCAUCAGAUAUUGCUUUAAUUGCAACAUUUCUUGAUCCAAGAUUCAAACAUUUUAAUUGA